CCCGCCCGCUGCUCUCGGCAUGGCGGCGGCGGGCGGCGGCGGCCGGAGCUGCUUCGUGCUGGGCGCCUCAGGGGAGACGGGCCGGGUGCUGCUGCGGAAGCUGCUGGACCGGCGGGCCUUCGCCCGGAUCACGCUGAUCGGGCGGCGCCGGCUGAGCCUGGGCGAGGCGGAGGCGGCAGUGGAGCAGGCGGUGGUGGACUUCGAGCGGCUGGGCGAGCACGCCGCUGCCUUCCAAGGACACGACGUGGGCUUCUGCUGCCUGGGCACUACCAGGGCCAGGGCUGGCGCAGAUGGCUUUGUCCGUGUGGAUCGGGACUACGUGGCGCAGGCAGCAGAGCUGGCGAGGGCAGGGGGCUGCAAGCACUUUGUCCUGCAGUCCUCCCGGGGGGCAAACGCACAGAGCCGCUUCCUCUACCUCCGCGUGAAGGGAGAAGUGGAAAACCUGGUCCAGGCUGUUGGUUUUGAUCACUGUACCAUUCUCCGUCCAGCGGUGCUGCUGUGCAAGCGCCAGGAGUCCCGGCCCAUGGAGUGGAUAGCCCAGCAGUUCUUGGGCACUGUGGCUCUGCUGUUCCCCACUGCUUACUCAGUGCCUGUUGAAAUGGUGGCCAGGGCUAUGGUGGCCUGCGCACUACAGCCGGGGAAAGGGAGGGUAAAGGUGCUGGAGAAUGGGGCCAUCCAUGAGCUGGGAAAGGCAGUGCCACAGCAGGGCACAUAGAGUAGCAGGGACGACAGGCAGGAGCUUGGUUUACUCUUCAGUUGCUCUCUGGGCUGAGGAUGAACACACACAUGGGAGAGGUGUGGGGUGCUUGCAUGGCCAGCGUGAAGCCAGAGGUACAUCCACUUCUUUGCACUUUGGCUGAUUCUGUCAAGGGAUCAAAAAUGCAGGUGCUGGCUGCUGGUUGGGAAUAAACAAUGUGCUCUGCUGCCUGGAUCCAUAUUACGAGUAUGGGUAAAGAUGAAUGUAAUCCAGGCCUUGAAUAAAACCCUGUGACCGA